CGCGACAAUAUCAUUGCCAACAUGACUAGCCUCAAGAGGUCGUUGGCGUCGGAUCCAUAUGGCUCGAAUAUUUCAAACAAGGUCUUUGUGAGAUCAACAAAGAGCGGAAAGGUCCAGAAGAUUGUUCGCGAACUAUACUUGCGUCAAGAUAUACCCUGCUCGUCGAAAUUAUGUACGGGCUGCUUAGAAACUGCCCCACGAGAUGCCGGCGGCAACGCUGCUCCAUUUGUUCUUUCCGAGAAGCCGGCAGGCACAAAAGCAUUCCCCCAGGGGCACUACCUGGUCCCUGAUACAAACGCCCUCCUCAACGCCACCGACUUGUUCGAGCAGACAUCGGCAUUUUACGACGUCAUUAUCCUCCAGACUGUCCUGGAGGAACUCAAGAACCGAUCCCUGCCACUCUACAACCGACUCAUUGGACUGACAAACAGCGAAGACAAGCGAUUCUACGUCUUCUUCAACGAUUUUAGACUGGAGACAUACAUCACCAGAGGCGUGGGCGAGACAAUCAAUGACCGAAACGACAGAUCCGUACGGAAGGCGGUGCAAUGGUACGGCGAACAUCUGACCAAGACUGUCAAGGAGGCAGGAGGAAAACCGAAGCAGGUGCCAGCUGUGGUCAUGCUGAGCGACGACAAGGAAAAUUUGCGGUUGGCUAAGGCCGAGGGCUUACAUGCUGUUUCAUUGAAGGAAUAUGUUGGGUCUCUGGAGGAUGCUGAUAGGCUCUUGGACAUGAUCAGUGCCUCCCAAGAAAGCCGGGAGGCGAGGGAUGCGAAAACUGCGGUGAACAUUUAUCCGGAGUAUUACACAGUUUCGAAGAUGAUGACCGGGGUAAAGGACGGAACGCUACACCAAGGCGUCUUCAACAUCUCUCCUUACAACUACCUCGAAGGCUCAAUAAAAGUCCCAUCAUUCGACAAACCAUUGCUCGUUCUCGGGCGCGAUAGUAUCAACAGAGGUGUACACGGUGACGUUGUGGUCGUGGAAGUUCUUCCCAAGGAUCAGUGGAAAGAGCCAUCAUCCAAGAUUAUCGAAGAGGAGAUCUUGAAUAAGAACGAAAAUGCCGAUGCAGACGAUGGCGAGGCCCUGGUGACACCACAAGAAAGGCGUGCCCUUCAAGAGGAGGUGAAGAAGACGCACAGCAAGAGCACAGAAGGCCGUCCACAACCGACCGCAAAAGUGGUAGGAGUACUGAAGAGGAACUGGAGACAGUACGUUGGUCAUGUCGACGAAUCCUCGGUCAGUGAUUCUGUGAAGCAGAGCCGGAAACAACAGACCGUCUUUCUCAUCCCUAUGGACAAGAAGAUCCCUAAAAUUAGAGUUCGCACUCGCCAAGCGGGAGAACUUCUUGGGAAACGUAUCCUGGUUACGAUAGACUCUUGGGAUAGGGAGUCACGUUAUCCAGUAGGCCAUUUCGUGAGGUCUCUUGGCGAGCUGGAAACAAAGGGUGCUGAAACCGAGGCUCUUCUACUGGAGUAUGAUAUCCAAUAUCGACCCUUUCCGAAGACGGUCCUCGAUUGCUUGCCCAAGGAAGGGAGUGACUGGAUUGUACCGUCUAGCACAGAAGACCCUGGCUGGAAGGGUAGACAGGACCUGAGAGGUUUACUGAUUUGCAGUAUCGAUCCCGUUGGGUGUCAGGAUAUUGAUGAUGCUCUCCACGCCAGGCCUUUGCCAAACGGAAAUUACGAAGUCGGUGUGCAUAUUGCGGAUGUUUCAAACUUCGUAAAGCCGAACAAUGCAAUGGACAAAGAGGCUAGCAUCAGAGGUACUACUGUCUACCUAGUGGAUAAGCGCAUUGAUAUGUUGCCAAUGCUUCUGGGCACCAACCUGUGUUCUUUGAUGCCAUAUGUUGAGCGCUACGCCUUUUCAGCAGUAUGGGAGAUAACCCCAGAUGCCGACAUUGUCAAGUCAAGCUUUACCAAGUCGGUCAUCAAAUCUAGAGAGGCUUUCAGUUACGAGCAGGCACAGAUCCGCAUUGAUGAUGCGUCGCAACAAGAUGAUCUAACAAAGGGUAUGAGGACACUGCUCAUGCUUUCGAAGAAGCUCAAGCAGAAGAGAAUGGAUGCUGGUGCUCUGAGUUUGUCGUCGCCAGAAGUCAAGGUCCAGAUGGAAUCGGAGACCUCGGACCCCAUUGAUGUCCAGACAAAGCAGCAAUUAGACACAAACUCCCUGGUUGAAGAGUUCAUGUUACUCGCCAACAUCAGUGUCGCUACCAAGAUCCACGAGGCAUACCCACAAACCGCGCUGCUACGCCGCCACGCCGCACCCCCAAAGUCGAAUUUCGAGGAGCUUGCCAACCAGCUGAAGGUCAAGCGUGGCCUUGAGCUCAAGCAUGAGUCUUCCCGAGCUCUCGCGGACUCACUAGAUCUCUGCGUGGAUCCCAAAGAGAAAUUCUUCAACACCCUGGUCCGCAUCAUGGCCACUCGAUGCAUGAUGAGCGCCGAAUACUAUGUAGCCGGUAACUUCGCAUACCCCGAAUUCCGCCAUUACGGUCUCGCUUCAGAGAUCUACACGCAUUUCACCUCCCCCAUUCGUCGUUACGCCGACCUAGUCGCCCACCGAAUGCUCGCCGCAGCAAUCGACUAUGAGCAGUUAGACGCCAGCAUGCGCAGCAAGGGCAAGCUCGACGGCAUCUGUAAGAACAUCAACGUGCGUCACCGCAACGCUCAGCAGGCUGGUCGAGCAUCGAUCGAGUACUACGUCGGCCAGGCUCUCAAGGGACGCAUCAUCGAGGAGGAGGGUUUCGUGAUGAAGGUCUUCUCUAACGGCUUCGUUGUUUUCGUGCCGCGCUUUGGGAUCGAGAGUUUGAUUCGCCUGCGGGAUUUGGCGGAUCCAGAGCCGGAUGCUGCGUUUGAUGCUGAGAAUUAUGUGUUGAAGACGAGUGGGAGUAGAGAGGUUCAGGUGGAGCUGUUUCAGAAGGUGGUUGUGAGGAUUAGCGAUGUUAUGGAGGAGAGUACGAAUAAGAGGAAGGUGAAGUUGGAGCUGGUUAGUGUUGGUGGAAAAUAGAUAGACCUCGUCUUGUAGGUUGGGA